AUGGAACAACCUACUACUACUACUACUACUACCACAACAACAGACGUCCUUUCAACGCAUGCAUCAUCCUCAUCCUCAUCGUCAUCAUCAGCAUCAUCUACAUCGCCUUCUAUCAGUUGCCCAUCAUCAGCACCGACCUCGGCUUCUGCAGCUGCAGUUACUUCAAGUAAUCUACGCUUCAAGGCAAUAUUAGAAGCGCCAACCGCCGUUACACAAAAGAAUGAAGAAUCGCCUUUGACAUAUCUCAACAAAGGCCAAUACUAUAAUGUUGUUAUCGGCAAAUUGGAUGAUUGCGACGACGACCAAGUCAUUACCAGCUCUAUCAGCCUCACGUUCCACGAUGAAACGCAUCGAAAAGAUGCGACCAACUACUGGAAAUUUUGGAUCAGUCAACAAAAACACGUCAAUACGGCUCGUGCCAUUGAUAUUGAUACCCAUCGAUGUCAAGGUGUGAAGGAUGUCGUAACAUCAUGCUUUGACAGGGUUACAUUCAAGUGGGAUGCCAAAGUGGGUGCCACGGUCAGCAUCCGAUUCAAUUGCUUGUCCACCGAUUUUUCAAGGAUCAAAGGUGUGAAAGGCAUUCCUUUGCGACUUUGUAUGACGAAUCAAAUGGAUGAUACUAUCGAGCAAAGCUAUUGCCUUGUCAAAUUCUUUCGAGACAAGGGUGCUGAACGUAAAAACAAGGAUGAUGCACGCCAUGUGGAGAAACAGCUUGAGAAAAUGAGAGGCAAGAAUGGCGAGAUGCAUCCUCUUUGGCUUGCAUACACACAAACACAACCACACACCAUGUUUCUUGCCGCAUCUGAUCACACGCCAUCAUCCCCCAAUCCACUUUUACAAGGUCAUGGCACAACCAAAUACAACCAUGAACAACAACAACAAUGCAUGAUUCAUCCUUCACCCUCACCUUCUUCAUCAUCAGCAGCAUCCAAUCAUCUCCUUUCCACAUCAGCCUAUGGUAUCAAGCGUUCUUACUAUGACUAUGUUGCGUCUCAGACAGAAUUCCAUCAUGAUCGAUCACUUCAAACAUUAGCAACGGCAACGUCUUUAUCAUUGGGACGACCUAUCUUGUAUCCAUCAACGACAUUGCCUGCACCGCCAACGUUGAUAUCGCACGGGACAACAAAGCCAACGAUGAUGUUAGGUGCCGAUCCACUUUAUGUGCCACAAAGACGACGCCGAGCUGCAAAAUUGUGUAUAUUUGUCAAAUUCGGCAAUGCCAACUUGUAUCGCGCUAUCUAUCUUGAAGAAUUGACGGUGAAGGAUUUGCGAGAAAAGCUGAUGGGCAAGAUGAACAUGGCUCCUCAUCAAAAAGUCAAGUUGGUACGACAUGUGGCAAAUAAAAAAGAUAUGGUGGCGGUCAAGAUGGAGGAUAGCAUGGUGCAAGCUAUUCCGGAAGAACAAGAUAUGCAGGUUGAUUCCACUGUAUCCAAGGAUGAUCAAGAUGGAGCAUUCACACUCGUGUUACGUUAUUGA